AUGGCUAAUUGGUUUGGAGACCUGCAGUUGGCCUACAAGUACUGUGUCGUCUUUGGAGCACUACUCCUCUUGACCAUCUUGGCUGGCUGCAUCAAACUGCUUUAUGACAGGAGAAGGCUGAAGAAGCACUCCAAGGAACAGGAGAAUAUCGAGGCUGGUCGCAAAGAUGAUCAAAUGGAGCUGAACCAACGCGAGAAGGACGAAGGCGACCUUUUUGGUAUUCGAGCCAUUGAAGCUGGUUUCUACGCCGGUAUCCCGCAGUCGCGUCCGACGUCGAGAGCCGGGUCAUUCGCCGAGAGCCAGAACCGAAGCACCAGCACCUUAAUCGGCGGCGCGUCCCUGGCUCUCAAGGAGCAGACGCAUUCCAUGUCGAGCAGUGUCACGACGCUUCCGCUGGCUCACACCGCUGGCAACCGCGACUCCUCAAACUCGCCCCCACGCAGAAAGUCGCCUCCUACCAUCAGGCUCGCGCCCUCUGAGGCCGAGCUGAGUGGGCGUAUCAACCACAGCGCCGCUGUGAACAUGAACUUGAACGUCCCUCCGUCACCGGUUUUCGGCCAUGGUUCUCAAUCUCCUACAUUCGGUGGCUCAGAUAGCGGCGACAGCGAUGGCCAAACUUCCCCUCGAUCGCCAAACUUCCGUCCUGAUCACUAUUCGCCUCAUGCUCCUCAAAUUCCCAUGCCCCAAGGUUUGACGGUCUCUGUGCACCCGGCCGAGGACAUGCCCAAGUCGGAAUCCGCUUCGUUCAACAUGGAUAGCGCGCCUUCUUCCCGUGGUCCUACACCCGAGGCCAGGCAACCCACGCUUCCAAACGUUAGCCUGGCGGAUGAGCCUCGAUCUCUGUAUACGACAGGGCAGUCGAGUAGGUAG